AUGAUCCAGGCCUAUGUGAAAAACAGGCAUUUGAAAGAGUGUUUGAAGUGUUUAGAGCAAUCAUCACCAGAUAUAGUCUCAUGGGCAAGGGUGGUAGCUGCAUUUGCCAAAGCGGGAGCGAUGGAGCUGUUUCAUUCGAUGCCUUAUAAGAAUGUGAUCACAUGGAAUGCUAUGAUCACAGGUUAUAAGGUUUGGAAACUGGAAGAGGAAAAGAAGCUCUUCAAUCGCAUGCCUCUCAAGGAUAUGAUCCAAAACUCUCUCCUCUAUGCUGCCAAAGAGAAUCAUACAAAAUGCAUCCGAGAUAAACUUGGUGACUGCAUCAGUCAGGACUCACGACAUGGAGCAAGAGUCAAUGUCUUUGAAGCCAUAGCUGGACAAUGUAGUCCACCACUCUCCUCUCAGGUGGAUGAUCGGGAACAGCGAUGGAGUGGAUAUCUUAGAGAGAAAAUGGAUCCAACAAUUAGCGGACCUGGUGGUAAUCUUCGAAGAAUUCAGGGACUCCCGGCGAUUCCAGCGCAAGGCGAUUUUAAUUCUCUAGUCCGGUCCAUCAAAUCGUACGGCAACUCGAAGAACUUGGGCGAAGCGAGGAAAGUCCAUGCGAGGAUAGAACGGAACAGGGACCUGAAAGAAAGCUUGCAUCUGUGGAAUCUUGUGAUUGAAAUGUAUGGAAAGUGCGGCAGCGUGGAGGAGGCUCGAGCGGUGUUCGAUCGGAUCAGCGACAGGAACUUGGUGUCGUGGAACAUCCUCCUUGCGGCAUAUGCCCGAAACGGGGAUAUUGCUCAAGCAAGAUGCAGCGAUGCCAUAACCGGAUAUCGUCUCGUGGACAACCGUGGUUGCCGCAUUUGGCAAGGCGGGGGUCGAGCGACAGAGCUGUUUGAUUCGAUGCCUCACAAGAAUGUGAUCGCGUGGAACGCUAUGUUCACGGGUCAUGAAAAGGCUGGAUUAAUGGAAGAGGCAAAGAAGCUCUUCGAUUGCAUGCCGCUCAAGGAUGUGGUUUCGUGGAACGCUAUGGUGGCGGGAUAG